AGGCAGCUGCUCCCGGAAAGGUCACGCAGCUGCUCCGGCUCCACGCAAAGCCAGGCGACGCCCUCCCAGCCGCCCGCCCGCAGCUCUGCCACAGGCUUCGGGGAGCGUGCGCUGGGAGGGAGCCCCGGGAGCCGAGGAGAGUGCCAGCCAGCGAGAGCCAGGAUGGCGGAGAACGGGCUGCGGGAGAAGGUGCUGAGCCUGGACUCCAUGAACCCCUGGAUCAAGCGGCUGGAGUACGCGGUGCGGGGCCCCGUCCUGGCCCGCGCGGUGGAGCUGGAGGAGGAGCUGAGGCAGGGUGUGCAGAAGCCUUUCACAGAGGUGAUUAAAGCCAACAUCGGCGAUGCCCACGCCAUGGGCCAGCGCCCCAUCACCUUCCUGCGCCAGGUCAGUGCCUUGUGCCUGUACCCCGAGCUGCUGAGCGAACCCCUCUUCCCCGACGAUGCCAAGCAGCGAGCACGCAGACUGCUGGCAGCGUGCGGAGGGCAGAGCGUCGGUGCCUACACUGCCAGCCCCGGCAUCGAGAUCAUCCGCCAGGAUGUGGCCCGGUACAUCGAGAGGCGGGACGGGGGCAUCCCCGCCAACCCGGACAACAUCUACCUGUCUACGGGUGCCAGUGACGCCGUCAUGACCAUGCUGAAGCUGCUGGUGUCGGGGGAGGGCCGGUCGCGGACGGGCGUGAUGAUCCCCAUCCCCCAGUACCCGCUCUACUCGGCUGGCAUCGCUGAGCUGAACGCCGUGCAGGUCAACUACUACCUGGACGAGGAGCACUGCUGGGCGCUGGACGUCGGCGAGCUGCGGCGGGCGCUGCGCCAGGCCCGCGGGCACUGCCAGCCCCGCGUGCUCUGCAUCAUCAACCCUGGGAACCCCACCGGCCAGGUCCAGAGCCGGAAAUGCAUGGAGGACGUCAUCCAGUUUGCGUGGGAGGAGCAGCUCUUCCUGAUGGCCGACGAGGUCUAUCAGGACAACGUCUACGCCGAGGGCUCCGAGUUCCACUCCUUCAAGAAGGUCCUUUUCGAGAUGGGCCCCACGUACUCGAGCGUGGUGGAGCUGGUAUCCUUCCACUCCAUCUCCAAGGGCUUCAUGGGAGAGUGCGGGCUCCGUGGGGGGUACAUGGAGGUGGUGAACCUGGAUCCGGCGGUGCAGCAGCAGCUCUCCAAGCUGGUGUCGGUGCGGCUGUGCCCACCUGUGCCCGGCCAGGUGCUGCUGGACGUCGUCAUGAACCCACCAAAGCCUGGCGAGCCCUCGUACCAGAGCUUCAUCCGGGAGAAGCAGGCAGUGCUGAGCGACCUGGCCCGCAAAGCGCAGCUGACCCAGGAGAUCUUCAGCCAGGUGCCCGGGAUCCGCUCUAACCCCGUGCAGGGCGCCAUGUACUCCUUCCCCAGGAUCCAGAUCCCCGCCAGGGCCGUGCAGGAGGCCCAGGCGCGGGGCUUUGCCCCCGACAUGUUCUUCUGCCUCCAGCUGCUGGAGGAGACGGGCAUCUGCGUGGUGCCAGGGAGCGGCUUUGGGCAGCGAGAGGGCACCUAUCACUUCAGAAUGACCAUCCUGCCGCACGUGGAGAAGCUCCGGAUCGUGCUGAAGAAACUCAGCCAGUUCUAUGCCAAGUUCACCCAGGAAUAUUCCUAAUGUGCUGCCCGGGACAUCCACCAGCUCUGCCCUGCCUGCCCGUCCAGCGCCUGCCGGGGGCUGGGGCCACUUCUCGCUCUGGCAGUGGGACUGGCAGGUGUCCAUGCCCCCGACUGGGAACCCACCUGUGCCAGCCCAGCUGCCCUGCUCGCCAGGUGCUCCUGAGGGGUGCCAGGCGCUCGGGGGCUGUGCCUUGUCCCCGACACUCCAUCACCCCCCCCCCCGGCCUUUGGGGGUGGGGCAGCUGGGGCACGGGCUGCACCAGCACCAGGCAGCUGUGUGCCAGCGAGCUCGCAGCCCCUGCCCCCCCUGCGGCCCAGCUGGCUGAAUUCCACUAGCCCCGUGCGGCCUGCUGGGCACCGCUGGAUGAGGUGGGCCCUGCGGGUGGGUUCCAGCAGCACCCUUUGUGCCAUCUGUGCUGGGCUCCCCCGUCCUCCGUCUCACGCCCGUUCCCCGGGCCAGGGCAGGGGGCACCACGCUCUGUCUGCCAGAGCCUGGCCAGGCCGGGACUCCGGCUCCCCGGCCCAGGCUGUAUCACCAGCCCUGCCUGGGCCAGCACAGCCCCUGCCCCCCCCAUCAAUGCCAAACUCCAGGUGCCCACCCGCUCCCCCUCACCCACUGUCCUGAAGUGCCUCGUUCCCCCGCCUCCUCUACUGGCCCUGUGCCCUGCAAGGGGGCAGCCCAGCGGCUCUGUCUGCCCCCUAGGCCAGGCCAGCAGGGCUCCCUGCGCCACCCCCUUCCCCGGGGCAGGACAGAGCCACCCAGGGGCCCAGGCUGGGCACACGGGGCCUGCCCAGGUGGAGAGCUGCCCGCGGGUGGCAUGGAAGCUGCAGCCCAUGGAGGGACGUGCCAGUGUCACUGAUUGAGCCUGUGGGGCUUUGCUGUGCCCACCCCUCACGCCUGUGUCCUGGGCAGAGACGUGGCCGGGGGCGGGUGCAUGAGGCUGGGUGAUGGUCAGCUGGAGACGGGGCUUCACGGGGGCCCGGCCUGGACCCCCCAGAGCAGCAAUAAACAGUUAAUGACGGA